AAGUGCUCCACUUCCGGGAUAAUGACGAGAUGAGAUUGUAGCAUCGGAGCAGAACAAAGUCCCUUUCCAGGGUGAUGGGGCCAGACGGAGCUCCAGGUCCAGCUGUGCCCUGGAGGAAGGUGCUGUGGGAAUGCCAGCCGUUCCCCGAUAACUACGUGGACCAGCGGUUCCUGGAAGAGCUGAGGAGGAACGAGGGCAUCCGGCAGUACCGCUACUGGGCUGUGGUGAAGGAAGCAGGCUUUGUAGCGCAGCAGCUGUCAUGUGUGGCCGUUUUUAUCACCCUCUGGCUCUACAUGGAGCAGGGACUGCUGUCCCCUGAGAUGUUGUUGGGGACCAGCCUCGUCUCCGCCCUGCUGGGUUACGGAUUACACCAAGUCUUGACGUCCCAAGUUGAAACGUGCACCGAGCCUCGGACGCACCUGGCUGAUCUACAGAGCGCCACCAUCUUCCUUUCCUUCACCUUCGGCUUCUCACCAGUUCUCAAGACACUAACAGAGUCUGUGAGUACGGACACGGUGUACGCCAUGUCCGCUGUGAUGCUGCUGGCCCACCUGGUGUCGUUUCCUUACGCUAAGCCCUCGCCUCCCGGCAGCCUCUCCUUAAAUGCAGCCCUGUUUGCCUCCGUGUGCUUAGCCUCAAGGUUACCGGGGGCCCUGCACACCUUCGCCAUGCUCAGCUGUGCCCUGCUGGUGUUUGCCCUGUGGCCCUGCCUGCUGCAGAGGUUAAGGGACAACGCCCCGAACCAGUUUACCGCAGUGUGCGUGGGAGUGUGUGUCGGAGGGGUCGGAGGUCUCGGGUCCCAGUCGCCAGGUGGAGCUGUGCUCUUAGCCCUGGCCCUGGGGAGCGUCACAUUACUCUGUCCCUUACUGCUAGUCAGGCUGCAGAGGCACAAGGACAACAUACAAGGGCCCUGGGAUGAAGCGGAGAUCCACGAGGACCUCAGCCACUUCCUACACUAAUGAAUAGAACAAAGAAGAAUUGACUCCCGUUUUUGCUGGCGAUGUACGCCUAACAAACUCCGUUUGAACAACCAACACAGCCUAUUCCCUCACAGGGAACAUGAAGACGUUUUAAAGUGUUCAAGCUGCUACUGUUUUAUCAAGUGUUGAUCUCAUGAAAUUGUGUGGUCGGUGUCAACUAAUACGCACUGCUGACUUACAUCGCGGACGCGCUACGCACAAGUUGGUGACGUUUUAAUAGCCUGUGACACGUUUUGCAGGUUGCUGUUGUGUGCGAAUGAACAAAUGCAUAAUGUUUAACACAACGGCAGGACUAUAAAAAGGGCUCCUAUUGCAAAUAACAUUAAAUAUUAAUAUUGGGAUUUUAAGAGAAAUGAUAAUUUUUUAAUAUGAUACAGUAUUCCCUCUGUGUUUAAUAAAGCACAACAGCCUCAUCCUAAAUGGACAAAGCUUAAUGAAACUAUUUUUACUGUCAGAUGAGAUUGUCUGUUUAAGAUAACGGUACUGAGAAACACUUUUUUAAAGAGUUAUGGUUGUAAAUUAAAUUAAGGUUCUGUUUUGUCAACAGAUAUGGGUGACUAUGACAACUUUCACUUGAGUUUAUCUUUCUGCACUCGACUAUUUUUCCCUUAAUAAUGCAGCCAAACUUGGGAGAGCAGCUCCCACACAGGGCGGUAAACACAUGGUUAAAGCGCUGCAGUGCUGCUCUGUGCGGGGACAAACCGUCGGCCAUAAAAACACAGCAAAAACAAACUGUCGGCCAUGUUGAACGUCAACCGGUGACGUCAGUCUUUCAGGUGAUGAGAAACACCUGUUGCGGUUGAUUGGCAUAAAUCAAACCACGGAGAGCAACAUGGCGGCUGACUACUGCUUUUUCUUAAUGAAUCCUCUUUUAACUCGCAUUUAUCGACACACCCUUUUUGUUUAACAUUCAUUGUGAUGGUGACUGGAAUUACCGUGUUUAUUUUUAAUUUUUGUUUCAAUAUAUUGAGGACAAACCACGCGGCGACUGUUUUCUUUCCCUCUCUCUUUCGGUGGAAUAUAAUAAAAUGUGUCACUGAAAGUGCAACAAA